AAUCACCAUGGCUGCAUGAGGUUUUUAAAUGUACAUAUAUCUUCCAAGUGAGUAUAUAAAGUACGUGUUGGUUGCACCAAUUUCCUCAAACGCUGCCCAAACCUGAAGGCCAUGAAAUUGAUUACCUUUCCCUUUUCACUCUUUUUACUCCCAACUCUUAUGACUAUUGUACAAGCUCAAAACAGUUUGACCCUUUGGUUGCCCCUUCCCCCAGAUGAUGGUUCAGGUGAAACAGAUUCAUUGACCAUACCAAGUCCGACUGCAUGGGUUGAUCCCCUUGGUACUGCUUCCGAUGGUAGUGAGACAACUUUCCUUUAUAACGAGGUUGACAAUGGAGACGCUGCACUCUUUGGUGACGUUCAAACAGGAACCGAGGUGGUCACAACCUCUUUCACUAUGAUCGCCUCUGCAUCGGGAUUCAGGAUGCCAGACAUAGCGUCCAUGAGUGCCGAAUGUACUCUGGAAUCCUCGAAUACCGGAGGUUGCGUCUACAUAGGCCUGGCGGAUGUUGACGGGACAUCUCUGGUUACUGUCACAGAAACUGGAUUGCCCGUCUCCUUCUAUGAAGUCCCUAUCUCCGCUGCUACUGGAAGCAGUGUGGAUUCUCCGUCUUCUUCUCCUACUACUACUGCUAAAGCUGACAACGGUGCAACAUUAAAUCAACAAAUCAGCCUCCUCGGAUCCAUUACUGUCGGCUUGCUAGGUACCUGUCUUAUCUGGUGAUUCAGCAGUCUAAUCAGCCAAAAUAAUGGGACUGAGGAAGGUUGAUACUUAGACGCGAUGCAAAUUGCAUUGGAGUUUCUUCGUUUCGGAUGUCGAGGUUUAUACAUAGCCGUGAAUACACUCAUUUCUAGGAGAUUAAAUCAUAAUUGAAGACUUCGACAAGUACUAUGGU